AUGGGCCGCCGUCUCGCGCUCAACCCUCUGGUGGAGAAGAAGGUCGAUGCAAUUCUCGAUCAAUACCUUGCUGUCGGUCUUAUCCAGCAAUCGCAAUCGCCGUGGGCGAGCCCUCUGGUUGUCAUGCCCAAGAAGGACGGCAAUCUGCGUUUGACCGUGAACUACAAAACUCUAAAAAAAUUGUGCAGCCUUGGCCAACAACCGCAGCCGCGUGUUGACCACAUCAUCGAUUCCCUGCACAAGGGCAAAGUGUUUUCCAUUUUUGAUCUAAACUCCGCUUUCCACCAGAUCACAGUCGAGGAGGACACGGUUCAGCUUACGGCGUUUUGCACGCCCACACAACUUUUCGAGUGGCUCCGUAUGCCUCAGGGAAGCUCCGUUGCACCGUCAUGGUUCACUAUGGUCAUCAACGAAGUGGUUAAAGGUCCGGACCAUGUGCUUGCGUACCUAGACGAUGUGAUUGUGUUUGACGCCGACCCCGUCCAUCAUGUCGCCAACACACGGUUAUUUUUGGGGCGUUUGGGCAAGUACAACCUAAAGCUUUCUCCUCUCAAGAGUCGCGUCGGCGCUAAGGAGGCUGUAUAUUUAGGCCACACCAUCUCCCCUGCGGGUGUUAGUCCUCGUGCCGAUAAGGUCGAAGCCCUCAUAAAAAUGCCGCUGCCUAAUAACGUCAAGCAGCUGCGUUUUUUGCUGGCUGGGCUUUCGUAUUACCGCAAAUUCAUCAAGGGUUUGGCCGUGCGCGUGAAACCACUCACCGACCUUUUGCGUAAGGACGCGAAGUUUUGUUAUACGCCGGCUAUGGCGGACACUGUCGAAGAACUCUUGGCGAAACUGUCCGAACCUCCGGUUUUGGCUUUCCCGGAUUGGGACGCUGUCGCGGAUGGAAGCCGCUCUCUCUGGCUUUGCUGUGACGCCUGUGUGGAUGGUUUUGGCGCGGCUCUUGAACAAGCACAGGCCGAUGGUUCCGUUCGCCCCAUUCUGUUCGUUAGCCGCGCUACGCUCGAAUCCGAGCGCAAUUGGACCGUGCUCGACUUGGAGGCUGGAAGUAUCGUGUGGGCAAUCAAACGCUUGCGCGGCUACUUUUGGCCUACGCACUUUCUUAUUUAUUCGGACCACAAAGCUUUGGAGAGCAUCGUCAAGGUGGGUGAACACAACGCCCGCGUUCAACGUUGGCUCGAAUUUCUUUUCUCGUCCAAUUACACCCUUGUCUACCGCAAUGGCACUGCCAACGCCAAUGCGGAUUUUCUUUCCCGGUUGCCCUUGCUGGCAACCGAAACGGAUAGACACGGUGACAACACCAGUAUCGCAGUCGAUGACGUCGCGGGCGUUUAUCUCAUUCGUGCGUGCGGACGGAGUUAUCACUCUAGUUCGACGCCGAACAUCGGCUUAGGUGGGCUUGACAUUGACGAUCAACGAGACGCGUUGGACGCCGCGGCCUUCUCGAACGCCGGCCCAGUGGAGCGGUGCCGCGAAAUCUACGAGAGCCGUCGGUAA